UUUUCCGCGCCAGCUUUGGCCUCGGACCGCAAACGGCGACGGCGGCAGAAGAUGGAGAGCGGCGACGACAAGUCCGUGGAGAAGCACCGCGUCCACCUGCGUCCCGACACGCUGCGCGAGGCCGCCCCUGCCACGCUGCACCUUCUGCCCUGCGAGGUCCCGGUGAACCGGCCCGCCCCGGUGGGGCGCUUCUUCACCCCGGCCAUCCGCCGGGGUCCGGACGGGCUCCGGGUGUCGUUUCGGGGCCGCAGCCUGCGGGGCGAGGAGGUGGCGGUGCCGCCCGGCCUCGUGGGCUACGUGAUGGAGAUGGAAGACAAGGGAGAGGUGCUGGGGGAGCCGGACUUCUCGCCGAACCCGGGGGGAGAGCUCGGAGAGGAGCAGGAGCUGGAGCGCAACUUCGACCGUUUCAUGGGAGCCACGGCUAGUUUCAGCAGCUUCACCCUGUGGGGCCUGGAGACCGUUCCCGGGCCCGAUGCCAGGGUGCGUGGAGCCCUGAGCUGGCCCAGCCUCGCCGCCGCGAUCCACGCGCCGGUGUCUGACGACUGAGCAGCCAGCGCGUCGCCCCAGUCCAGCAGCUCUUCUCCUUGGAGCCCCCGAUUCCGCCACCCAAUAAACGAGCGCUCCACAGCCACCUGCGAGCUGACAGGCCCCGGGACCCCGAGGACGACACUGCCCCUUUGCCCACGGGAACUUCACGUG